GUUUCCGUGUGUUUAAAGAGAUGAUGAGAUGAGGACUUAGUUUUUCUGGUGCAAUACUCCUUUGAUCUCUGUCUGAUUGGUAUCUGAUUAGAUGGGAACUGUUGGUACAAAUGGGAAAAACAAAGAAACUGCAAAAAAGCGAGAAACCCAGUAAAGUUAAACAUUCCAGCACAUUUAAACCACACUCUAAAAAGAAGUCAAAAGGGGUUAAGAAAGGAAAGGGUAUUAGCAGCUCCUUGCUGGAAAAUGUGUUGGAUAAACAAGAAAAGUUUUAUGGUAAAAGAAAGACAACUUCUGCAAAACAUUUGAAGAAAAAGAAAAAUCAAAACUUACUAGCUUCAGAAAAAGUAAAAAAAUCAGGACAAAGUGCUUUCGAUGUGUUGCGAGCGGGUGUGUCAGAAGAGACAAGUCAGGACAAUAUUCGUACUAGUGAGCCCCAAGUGGAAAGGAAAGGUCCGGCUGAAGAUAAACCAAAGAAAAGUCUUGGUAGUAAAAAAAGUAAAGGGAAACCCAGUGUGUUGAGACAAAAUUCAGCAGGGCGGGAUAUAGAGACUUCCAGUGGAGCCAGCUUACCUGAUAAGAAAACUUAUAGUAGUGUACACUUCAUAGGUGUGGACAUUCAGUGUCCUGAUCCCGAGGCAAGAGAGGGCAGCAGAAAGAGGAAAAGAAAAGAAGACACAAAACUACAUCAGACGGGGAAAACAAAGGAGUCCUCUGAACAGAAAACAAAAGAUAAAGGACACUUAAAGAAAAAAGGAAAGAAAAGAAAAAUGGAUGAAAAAGAAAGCAUUGCAAACAAAGAAGGGACACAAGAGAAUUCCACUAAAACAAAGAAAAAGACUUUAAGAGAGUCACCCACACAGUCAGGGGCAGACAACUCUGUUGUGGAGGAGCCCUCUCUGGAGGUGAUAAAUCUCAUCGACUCGGAAUCUGAAAUAUCAGACAGCGAUUUCUCCGUCAUUGAUCUCACCCUGGAUAAUACUGAAAACGAGGCGGUGAACUUUGAACCCACCCAAGACUUUGAAAACCUCACAGUUUCAGAGAAGAGAGAAGCUAUAAAUGGGGAAGAAAUGAGGACAAGUUCAGAGAUUUUGGUUGUAGAUGGUAGGGAGAAGGGGGAAAUUGUUCACAAAAAUAACAGAACAGAAUCAGAUUGGGUGGAAGAAGGGUCAGGUCAGGAACAACAAAGACCUAGAGCUUUGGGGGCCUUUGAUGGUCAGGUGCUUGUUGUGUUACCUAACCCCGGUGUGUACUGUUACCUGGGCAGGUGCUUCCUAAAAUGUCUCCACGGAGGGGCCAUGGUGCUGGGGUACCAGUUAACAGACCAGUUCCAGGCCUUCUACUCCCCCUCAUGUAGCAGCCUCUUAACCAUCAGCACGAGUCAGACACAGACAAUGGAGGAGGAUAAAGAGACUGAACCCGAGCCCAACAGGAAAAAGAAAUCUAAAUCAAAGAAAAAGACCAGGGAGAUAUUAACAGAGGAAGGGAGGGUGGAGAAGAUAUACACAGACUGGUUGUUACUGAGUAAGGAUAUGGAGAAAUUACCGCGGGAGAAUGUGACCAUUCUGCUAGCCAGGAAGAUGGAGUCCAAUGUCUGUGAGUACAUAUCUACCUUCAAGGCAUUCCACAAACUCUGGGAUAACCCUGUCACUACUCAACAGAGGACACAGGACCUUGGCUCUGAUGACAUUAAGUUGACCUCUGUGGGACUGACCUUCAUUCCUGACACUGCAGUGGUUGCCAGGCAACAUGUUUCUCAGCAACAGAUGGAGUUAGUCCAGAGAUGGGAUGAAGUUCUGAGCUCUGAUCGGGCCCCCAUAGUUAUGGUAGUUGGUGGAAAAAACUCGGGUAAAUCUACCCUGAACAGAUAUCUUGUUAAUCAUACUUUAAACAAGAGGUCAGAGUUAUGUUACUUGGAUUGUGACAUUGGGCAGACAGAGUUCACUCCCCCUGGUUGUAUCAGUUUACAAGUUGUAAAUACGCCACUUUUAGGUCCACCAUUUACUCAUCAGAAUAUACCUAAAAUUUGCUAUUAUUAUGGCGGUUUGACUGCCACAGACAACCCUAACUUGUACAUGGAGUGUGUCAGGAAAUGUCUAAUGGAGUACAGGAAGUUAGAGGAAACCAAGGAGUCCAGGCUCCCCCUGGUGGUCAACACAAUGGGGUGGAUCGAAGAUCUGGGUCUGGAGUUGUUGAUCAGUGUAAUUAGAAUGACCCUCCCCAGUCUCCUGGUCCAGAUCAACUUCAGGAACAACAAGCUGAACGCUGCUCCUCUCAACCCUGAGUUUGUCAACGACAGAAUGGGCUGGGUGGGCCACUCUAGGUAUUACAGGAGUCAUGACAUGCUGGGUAUACUGGGAGAUACAGACCACAAACUAGUCAGAAUGGACUCACCCACUAAUGUUGUCAGAUGUCACAAUCAUUGGAAACCAUUUGAGCUGCGUGAUCUCGCGGUGAUCAGUUACAUGAGUUCCACACUCAGUAAGGACUCGAGCCUGAGUCUGGAGACGCCCUACGGAGUUCCCUGGGAGGACGUGGCUAUAAAUAUCUGUAUGAGGGGAAUUCCCAGGGAGGAGUGGAUGUCCGCAAUUAAUGCCACCAUUGUAGGUCUGGCUCAGGCGGACUUGAGAGAGGCAAGAAAAGAGAAGGAAGGGGAGCCAUACUUUUUUGCAAGCACACCAGUCUGUUUAUGUAUUGGAUUUGGUAUGGUCCGGUCCAUUGAUACUGUGAAGAAGAUGAUUUAUAUAACCACACCACUGAGUCUCGUGGAUCUGGUCCAUGUCAACACCAUCAUCCGCGGCUCCAGUAAUAUCCCACAACAAAUAUUUACAGAACAAAUCACCAAGGAAGUGCGAGAGAUUCCCUAUGUGAGUAGAAUAACAUCAACCUGGGCUUCCAAGAAUCCUAGACAGAGAAAGUACAUCCCAUCCAAAUCAAGGACCACAUAAAAGGA